UCUUCCUUCCGUAAUCACUUUCCCACACAUACACACAAUCUCUCUCUCCUCUGACUUUAUUAAUACAUCUCUGGAUUCCCGUCGAUCGCCGGAGACAGAAAAGCCUUCAUCAUGUCUUCUCGGCUGGUCAAUCGUCCUCUGGAUCCGAAGCAGAGGGACAAGGAUAUCAAUCAAAAGCUACAACUGUAUGGCAUCUAUCAAGCUUUCAAGAAUGGCAAGCUUCCAUCGAACAAGCAAUGCGACGUUGCGCUGAACAGUGCUCUCAAGUCCAAGGCUCUCACAUCUCCAUCUGCGGAAUUGUCCGAAGAAGGGCAAAACCUCAUUCAAGAUCUCCGUGACGUCAUUGAGCAUGCGAAGCAAAUGAUCCUCAGCAAGAAUGACGGCCAGUUGAUCCAGGAGUUUAUCUGGGAUGCUCAGAGCAUCACCGGUGAUGACUUCAAGGAGAAGCCAAACGUCCCAUUGAGUAGGGAAUCGUCUCAGCAGGAUGCUAGGGCGGCCUUGGAAGGCUUGAAGACAUUAGGAAACCUCCUGAUCACCAAUGGAGAGUUCCGCAAGCUCUUGAACGAUGCCUGGAUCAUUGUCCGUGAUAUUGCUGGCGAUGCUUCGCAGAAAGCUGCGGGCCAGGUUCGCCCGUCAGAGGAACAACUAUCGCAGGUCGACGAGCCGGCCGAGGAGAAUACCUGGCACGAGAAGCCCGACUAUAAGAAGCACAAGGAGAACUUCACUUCCCGCUUCAGGAAGAACAAAGCUACGGCCGAACAACAAGCGAAUGAAGUGGUCGAUUCUGCCACCCAGGCCACCACGGCUGGUCAACAGUCAGAGUCUGCCGAGCAAACUGACGGCCAUGCUGGUGCUAACGUAGGUGCUCAGAAGACCAAGGAAAAGCUGUCCGAGAACAUCCCAGAAGAGAAGAAGAGUCGUGCUCGUGAUCUCUCCGGCCGGACAAAGGGCUACCUCUCGAAGAAAAUGCCCAAGGAGCGCCGUGAGCAAGCGAUCUGGCGUCUGAAGAAGAUGGUCAUUGAGAUCCAAGGCCGUGCUGAUUACCAAAAGGCUGUCGAGACCUUGCUAUCUCUGGCCGAGAAGUAUGGUAGUACCACCAGGAAUUUUUCUCAACAGGGUGCUGGAGCUGUCCAGGGUACUCGUGGCACUGACAAGAUCAGUAAAAUGGAGAAGAACCUACGGGUUUUGAUUGAGCGUUUUGCCAACAGCACGUCUAUGGAUGACCUCUUCGACUCUCUAGAAAAUAUUUACAGGGAUGCGGACAGAGACCCUGAACUCAAGGGAUGGUUUAAGAACAUGGACACUUUCAUUCGUAAAUCUCUCCAGGAGCAAGGUUACAUUACGCAAGACGACUGGGACCGCCACUAUGACCAAUUAGCCGACCACGGUCGAUACUUGUUGCGUGAACGUUACCGGAACCACACAGACCGUAUCCUGGACGAGAUCAAGUUCAUUGGCGAUCAAUUCGCCCAGGACCCCCAGAACAAGGCCUUCGGAGAAUCCGUUGAGAGGCUGUUCACUGAUCUCGGUCGGGACCCAAGUGGGAAUGUUUCUUUCAAGCCACAUCUUCUUACGGACCUUCGGGAUGUCAUUCUGCCUGGUAUCUUUGAAAAUGUCCGCUACGUCCCUAUUCCUCGUAUUGAGGUGUCAGACCCCAUGGCUGAUGUGGUCGUGGAAAAUCUUGUCAUCGAGAGUGAUAACUUGAUGCCGAAUGUUGUUGAGUUUGGCAGUGACAACUACCUCCGUUGGGGGCGCAAGAAGAUUAGCAGCAAGAGAGACAACAAGAUCAUGUUUUCUGUUUCUGGAAUUCAGGCUGACUUGAGAGAUGUCAGUUACUACAUUAAUAAGAAGCAGGGGUUCCCCGCCAUCGAGGACAAAGGAAUUAUGGACAUCUUCUUGGGUGGCGAAGGCUUUGGUUUCAAGAUUGCAGCCUCCAAUGCCCAAAAGGAAGACCGUCAAAACUUCGUUAAGCUGGAAAAAGUAUCAGUGAAAAUUGAUGCAUUCAGCAUCAAACUGAAGAAGUCCAAGCAUAAGACUCUGUUCACGAUCUUCAAACCAUUGCUUUUCCGCACUGUCCGUCCAGUCCUGCAAAAGGUCCUCGAGCAACAGAUCCGCGAUGCGUUCUCCAAGGGCGACGCCUUUGCCUACGAGAUCCAUAGCGAGGUCCAGCGCGCAAAGGAAGCCGCCGUCGAUGAUCCCGCAAACGCGCCCAACAUUUACACCCGGUAUCUGGACGCCAUGCGCGCCAAGAUGGAACAGAAUAAGCAGCAGGCCCAGGCAGUCGCCCAGCGCGAUACUAAGGUCCAGACAGCAACGACGCUCCAUGACUCCCUUUUCCCAGAAAUCCAGCUUCCGGGUGGCAUCUCUACCAAGGCCACCGAAUACAAGGAGCUCGCGCAGAAGGGAGAGCGCUGGGAGUCACCCAUAUUCACUAUCGGCACUGCCCCAGAGUCUACCAAUAUCCCCUCUCCGGCUGAUAUCACCCGCAAGCCCCACACAACCACUUCAGGCCGCUUGGCGGAUAGCAAUGUGGCCGAUGGUAGCGCAACAGCCACCGGCGCCCACGCUACCAACGGUUCCACCACUGUCGGAGCGACGAAUGGUACCGCCGCCGUUGGAGGAACGAAUGGAGUGACAAACGGUGCCAGUAAGACGAACGGCUACGGCGCUCCCGGAUUCUCAGACCAGGUCGACAAAGCCUUCACUAGCGAUGGGGGCCUCAAGACUACCCACGAAGAUCCCAGCACCACCAUUCCAGGCACCGAACGUGCAUUUAACCCCCAGACUGCAUAAAAGAUCGGACUCAAUCAUAUCAGUUCUCUUCUUCAGAUGUAUCCUACACGAUUUUUUUGUUUUGAUAUCCCAGUUUCUGUUGUUGUUGGCUCCUGUUCCUGUUCCCGUUACCGUUACCCCCCUGUGUUGGACUGUAUUUGGUACUGUUCACUUAAUUGUCGUUAUAGUCUGCGUGAUGUUAUUACUCCUUACACAUGUUAAUGCUCUAUGAUCGUAACUCAUCAGAAGGUAUUUAGUU